CGCCGGCCGGGAGUCGGAGCUCGAGUCCGGGGUCAGUCGGCGGACGCGGGUUACUCCGCCCGGUCCCGCCCCGCAACCACAACUUCAGCCGGCGACGGGAGCAACGCCUGAGCGAGCACAGGCUGAGCCCAGGACAGGCCGAGGCCCCGGUGGAGGACAGGCCGAGCCCGAGGGCAGGAGAGGCCGAGGCUGCGGCCCACACGGUCGGUCGGCCGGCCUGAGGAUGGUGCUGCUGACGAUGAUCGCACGGGUGGCCGACGGUCUCCCACUCGCCGCCUCCAUGCAAGAGGACGAGCAGUCUGGACGAGAUCUGCAACUCUAUCAGAACCAGGCCAAGCAGUUGUUCCGCAAGCUUAAUGAACAGUCACCCACUCGAUGCACAUUGCAAGCGGGAUCCAUGUCCUUCCAUUAUGUGAUAGAGAAAGGGGUCUGCUAUCUGGUUUUAUGUGAGGCAGCAUAUUCCAAAAAAUUGGCAUUUUCAUAUCUUGAAGACCUACAGGCAGAAUUUGAUGAGCAUCAUGGAAAGAAGGUCCCAACAGUCUCUCGCCCUUACUCCUUCAUUGAAUUUGACACAUACAUUCAAAAAACAAAGAAAUCUUACAUCGAUAGUAGAGCACGGAGAAACCUUGGCUCCAUAAACACGGAACUGCAGGAUGUGCAGAGAAUAAUGGUGGCGAAUAUUGAAGAGGUGUUACAGCGUGGAGAAGCGCUCUCAGCUUUGGACAGCAAGGCCAGUGGUCUCUCCAGCCUGUCGAAGAAGUACCGACAAGAUGCCAAGUACUUGAACAUGCGUUCGACAUAUGCCAAGCUGGCAGCCGUUGCCGUCUUUGCAGUCAUGCUGAUCGUUUACGUACGGUUCUGGUGGCUCUGAAGCUGGCUGAACGUAGUGUGUGGCGUGUUGAUUCAUGUUCCUUGCACACGGAUUCUGUCAGUUCCUGGUGUGCUAUAUCCAUGAAUACCCACAAUUUUACUGAAGAUAUAGCUCCUUCCCAUUUCUGUUGUAGUCAAUGUGGUCUGAUGGGCCUUUAGUAUACAGCACUAUUAAACUACAUUUACCAAUUAAUGUUGAAUUGAAUAAACCAUCUUUUCACUCCUUUAGAAUGUGCAUUCUAACAUCUCAAACUCUAAAAAAAUAAUAAUAAAUGUUAAUUUUAUUUUCGGAAUUGCUAUGAAGAGUGGAAGUAUUGAAACAUGCUGUUGCAAAAUCCACUGAAGAGCAAAUGACCUCUGUGACCUGUCUGUCCAUUUUGUUUGUUUGUGUGGACCUGGGCAAUACAGCUGAGUGAAAGAUAACAUGCUUUGAUGUAACUGUAGAAAUUGAUCUCACUUGUACAUUGAUUGAAUAAAAUCACGUAAUCAUAA